GUUAAAUAUCUUAUUUCUUUUAGAGUAAUAGUAUAAUGGCUAGUUCUCAGUCCAAACUAGAAUAUCUUAAAAAAUACAUUGAUAAACCUGAAUCUUCUAAAAAGAAAAAGAAAAAAAGCGAAUCAAAAUUUAAAAUAAUAGAUCAUCAUAUUUCACUUAAUGAUAUAGGUAAUAACUCAGAUGAAGAUGUUGCAAUAUAUGACACUCAAGAAGAGAAGCCAUUAUUGUUAACUAAUGAUGGAUUAAAUGUUAUCACGAAAGAGUAUUCAGAACAACAAAAUAAAAAUAAACUAAAAUGGGCUCCAUUAGCAACUGAUAUUGAUAAUGGUGCCCAAAGAAAAAGACACGAUUCUAGUGGUAGUGAUUUAUCUCCUGCUAGAAAGCAGCAGAGACAUGACUCCAGUUGUUCUGAUCAAUCACCUCCUCGUAAACAAAAGUAUACCAAUGAUUGUGAUAGUGAUUCUGAUUUAUCGCCUGUAAGACUGAGAGAAAAAAGUGAUAAAGAAAGUAUGAAUUUUUCACCUCACAGAAAAAAUAAGAGGAAAAAUGACAGUGACUCUGAUUUGUCUCCUGCAAGAAUAAAUGAAAAAACCAUUUCUGAUAAAAAUACAGACACUAAAAAACGUUCUGGACUUCAAAGCAGAGAGGAAUUGCAAAAAGAAAAUGAAAGUAAGCGAAAAAAUGAGGAAAAACUUUUCAAUAAUAUGAGCACAUCAGUUUCUGGAAAGGAUGCCCAAACAAUUUAUCGGGACCAAAAAUCUGGAAAGAAAAUUGAUUUAAAAGCUGAGGAGAUUAAAAAAAAAUUACAAGAAGAAGAAAAGAUGAAAGACUUAAAAAAAUAUGCUGAAUGGGGUAAAGGAGUAACACAAGGAAAAGAUUAUAAACAAAAACUAAAAGAUGAUGUUAAAGAGAUGCAAAAGCCUCUUGCAAGGUAUAAAGAUGAUAAGGAUCUGGAUGAUCUUUUAAGGAAUAAAUCGCGUGAUGAAGAUCCUAUGCUUAAUUAUAUUAUUAAAUCAAAAAGUAAAAACAAAAUCCAAAAACCAAAGUAUAAUGGUCCUACACCACCUCCAAAUCGUUUUAAUAUAUGGCCUGGUUAUAGGUAUGAUGGUGUAGACAGAUCAAAUGGUUUUGAAAAGCGAAGGUUUAUGGAAAUUAGUAAGCGGAAAUCUUUUGAAACAGAGAAAUAUAAAUGGAGUGUUGAAGAUAUGUAGAAAUAUUUUUGAAAUAUAAAAAUUUUUGUUUAAUAUAAAAGAUUAUUUUAAAUUGG